GUUGGUGGCCCUGAAGGCGUCAGUUCCCGGGAUGUUUAGUACCCUCCCAGUCCCCGCCGCUGCCUGCUCUCUGCUGCCCAGGCUGGCUGCUGGGGCUCGGGAUGACGCCACCUCUCGCUCCGCCCCGGCGCAAACUCGCUCUUUGCGUUCAUUUCAUUCCUCUUCUCAUUCCGAGCAUUCUUCGCAUCUCUGUCAGUGCGCGAAGCGAUUCACCUACACCUUCCUGGCUGGCUCAGAAACACCAGAAUAACUUGACAUAGUAUUAAAAAUACCCAGUAACAUCACAUUACCAAAAGAAAGGGACAUUUUAUAUGAGAUAUCAAUAACGAGUUGGCUCAGCCGGGAGUUGUUGGAGGUUUCACCGGAGCAUUUUUCGGACCACCUCGAAGAAGAAAACACUGGAGAGACUUGUUGCUUCAACACGUUUGACGGUGCUUUUUUUCAAUCGACAUCGAAGUUUUGUGUCUCUCCCUAGUCUGCUCCAGGCUUCAGCUUGGAGAGCCCAACCGCCACGAUUGAUCCCAGCAGCUGGAGCGGCAGCGAGAGCCCUGCCGAGGACCUGGAGAGGAUGAGCGACUCGGCAGACAAGCCUGUAGACAAUGAUGCCGAGGGGGUGUGGAGUCCUGACAUUGAACAGAGCUUCCAGGAGGCCCUGGCCAUCUAUCCUCCAUGUGGACGCAGGAAGAUCAUCCUCUCUGAUGAGGGGAAGAUGUAUGGUCGGAAUGAGCUGAUAGCGAGAUACAUCAAGCUGCGCACCGGGAAGACGAGGACUCGGAAGCAGGUGUCUAGUCACAUACAGGUCUUAGCAAGAAAGAAAGUUCGAGAAAUCCAAGCUGCCAUUAAGGUACGUCUGGCUUUGCCCAGUUGUAGGGGGCUUUUCAUUGCCAUGGUUACAGGCUCUUCCUUUGUUUUCCUCCCCUCCCCUACCCCGCAGGUGUCUAGUCACAUUCAGGUUCUUGCCAGAAGGAAAUCUCGUGAGUUUCAUUCCAAGCUAAAGGUUACAAGCAUGGACCAAGCAGUGAAGGACAAAGCCCUCCAGAGCAUGGCCUCCAUGUCCUCGGCUCAGAUCGUCUCCGCCACGGCUAUUCACAACAAGCUCGGCCUGCCAGGCAUCCCGCGCCCAGCCUUCCCCGGAGCAGGGUUAUGGCAGGGAAUGAUAUCAGCUGGUCAGCCAGGAUCCUCACAAGAUAUUAAGCCUUUCACCCAGCAAGCCUAUCCCAUCCAGCCAGCAGUCACCACAGCCAUUUCAAGUUACGAGCCCACAGCAGCUCCAGCUCCCACAGCACCAGCAUGGCAGGGCCGCUCCAUCGGUACAUCCAAACUCCGACUGGUGGAGUUCUCCGCCUUCCUAGAGCAACAGAGAGACCCGGACUCAUACAACAAGCACCUAUUUGUACAUAUCGGGCAGACGAAUCAUUCCUACAGCGACGCCCUGCUGGAGUCCGUGGACAUUCGUCAGAUUUACGAUAAAUUUCCAGAAAAGAAAGGAGGACUGAAGGAACUGUACGGAAAAGGCCCCCAGAAUUCCUUCUUCCUUAUUAAGUUUUGGGCCGACCUGAACUGCAACAUUCAGGAUGAUACUGGCUCUUUCUACGGAGUGACCAGUCAGUACGAGAGCUCAGAGAACAUGACCAUCACGUGCUCGACGAAGGUCUGCUCCUUUGGGAAGCAGGUGGUGGAGAAAGUUGAGACUGAAUAUGCACGGUUUGAGAAUGGACGCUUCGUCUACCGAAUAAGCCGGUCUCCCAUGUGUGAAUACAUGAUCAACUUCAUCCAUAAGCUAAAGCAUCUACCAGAGAAAUAUAUGAUGAACAGUGUGCUGGAGAACUUCACUAUCUUAUUGGUGGUGACGAACAGGGACACCCAGGAGACGCUGCUAUGUAUGGCGUGUGUUUUUGAAGUUUCAAACAGUGAGCACGGCGCCCAGCAUCAUAUCUACAGACUGGUAAAGGAAUGAGAAGCUCCCGAGCCCCCCCCCUCCUUCUUUUCAUAGACUUACCAACCUCAAAACAAGUGGCAGUGCCUCUACCUGAAAGUCACACCUACAAUGCUUUUUGGUCAUGGUAUCGGGUGAAGUCAGUUGUUAUAAAUCUGUUUUUAAUAUAAGUGUUUGUUAUUUGACUGCAGCUGUGAAUUGCGGUACAGUUGUUUUAUGUUUAAAUACGGGAAUUCACGUUUAAAAUAUGUUGAGUUGGUCUCUGUUGGUAUAAAUGUGGCCGUUCUUAAAGAAUUUACUAGAUUCAUUUGGUAAAUGUAAAUAUGUGUCGUCUUCUUCUGCUUUGUUACGUAGACUAAGGAAAAAAAAGUGGAUGCUGGCCUUUUCUACCAGCAGCCCUGAUGUGGUCUGUGUAAUAUGUUUGAGUGUGUUUUGUAUGUCAGUAGUUCAUCAUUUGUGAGCAUACAUACUGUAGAUACACAGACACACACCCACAGCCAAUAGAUUUUCCAAAGAAACAAAACUAACAACACUACAUAUACAGAAGCUGAAAGCAAGUGGUUAUAAAUAUCACAAAAAUUACUGCUAUUAAAAAAGAAAUCUGCUUUCAGAAGUAUAUUUAUCCCCGUUGAAGCACUCCAAGUCUUAGACACUAAGAGCAGAUUGAAUGCACUGUGAAAAUUUGCCUGCCUCUGCUCCAUUAAUGUGGGGAAGUCUUACCACCUGUCGAGUAUUUCUGUGCUGAAAAUGAGUCUUUCCUCUGUGAGCGCUGAUGAAGAGAACAUGUAGGUUUCAGACAGGUGAACGUUCUGCUAAUCUGACUCGAACCGGACUCUCGUUUUGUCCAAAAGCACUUUGUUUCCUUCCUGGAUUCGCCUUAGAUCUGUGGUUGUAGAAGAGUUUGAAUAAUCAUAACACUAUAAAUCACUUGUACACAGCAGGGCCUUGUUCAGUAUGCUGUGCCCCCCCCAUCUUUCCCCUCUGGGAUGGCGGUGUAAGAACUCCCAGGCUGGAGAGUUGCUGCCUUCAUGUUCACGCUGUGUUCACAUGUUUCCGUGGCCUACACCGAUCCUGAGCCUUAAACAUGUUCGAGCCGUGUGAACUCCAAAAGAUGCCACUAAAACUGUGAUCUCUCUGCGUGGGAAGACUCUUUAUACGUUUGCAUUGUGUAAGGAAUUCACAAUACAAUCUGCCAAAGUGUAAGUGUUCAGUGCCUUAGAAUAUAUUCUAACAUUUUCUGACGUUACCCUUCGCUUCGUUUUAAAGCCUGAAUCAGAGACUCACUGCUCUAUCGCUCGGUACAUCUGAGAAAUUCUGUUUCUUCUAAUUGGUACACUCCUAAAAAUACAGUUUGUGUUGUUGGUUUUUCAGAGGCAGCAUACUUUAAGUUUGCAAAUCAAAGAAAACAGUCAUAGUACAGGUUCUAUUUUUCUCUUGACUCUGUAACAUGUGGAUAAAAUAUCAGCCUUUUUCUGAGAGUGUACUAUGAAACAGACCGACUGCCUUUCCUGUUGUAAAAGACCAAAAAUCCAGAGAUACAGUCGAUGGUUUGUCAGGUCCUGCUCGGUAGCAAGGAAGUGCCUUUGGUUUUAAAAGUUCCAGCUUCAAAAAGAUCAAACACAAACGAAAAAAUUCAGUGUUGCUAGACCAAAAAAAGAGACAUAAGUGAAACCAAUCACCACAUUGCCUUUUCAAAGGACUGACAAAUGACAGCAGGGGAAAGCCGGUCACUGGUAGAAUAAAUAAAUGAUAUAUUCAUUUUAUUACUGAUUUCACAAAUGAUGUAUUUGAAGAAAACCUAUUUCUUUGCUUGAGGUCAAAGACUGAACGACCUGCUGAUGACGUACAGCCGCUGACUGCAUGCAGGAUGUCAACUCACAAACACUGCAGCUGUCUGCUUCGUGCACACUUGCAGGUUCAAGUGUUUUUUUUUUUUAAGGUUUUUGGAAACGUCACAGUUUCCUCUUUCCCGCGACCACGCGCUCGCACGAUGUGAAAACCACAGAAAACAUCAGACUCUCUCAACGUUACCUUUGACGACGCAGACACAGCUGUGAUGUCGACGAGGCAGGGACCGACCGAGCUUUUAUCACUUAUUAUCUCUGACGACAAAGAGUCAAAGGUUUAUUUAAUACGACGUCUAUACAACAGUUUGUAGAACGAGACUUUAAUGUGGUGAAAUCUGAAAUCGUUUCCACAGACUAACGUUUCACAGCUGCUGGUGUGGACGAGGCCGUCGAGGUUAAUACACUUUUCACCAUGAGGACCAUAGAUACUCAGACAUUUACUGUUUCUUAGAAAAACCAUUAUAAUCAAAAGUAUUUUAAUCGAAGAAGCUCUAAAUAAUUGCAGACAAUGUCUCUGGUGGAUGCAGAUAAAGUUCAAUCAUUCAGUAUUUUUGCCACAGUCCUGUGGACACUGUGGAGUUUAAUAGGCUUUUUUCUUCUGUUUACCCUGUGUAUCUGUUCACAUUUAUUGAUUACUUAGUGAGAUGUUCCUGUUUCCUUCUUGUACUUGUAUACAGUUGUACUUGGUUUCGUGAUGACAUUGUCUGUAUAUUGCAAGCCCAAUAAGAUGGUAAUGAUGUUACUGCUGCACUGCUGGUACAUUUUAACAUGUUAUCGUUUCAACACUUUUAAAAAACAGCAGGGCUGGUGCCUUCAAUGGCCUGAAUGUUUGGUGGACCAUUUGAAGAGAAAAUGGACACACACUCACAACAUAAAAAAAAUCAGCUAAGUGGAGGAAUCAUGCUACAAACAUAUCAGCAGUUUAGCUCUUGUUCUUUGUAAUUCUGUCGAAGAGUAGGUACUGGUACCUUUUUGUUUUUAUGACCAUUUUACAGAUGGUGGCUUUAAAGUGAUUCUUCACAUAGCUCACAAAUAGUUGUCAUACACACAUUUGGGUUUUGUGUGCAGACUUUUUUUUUGUAAAAAGGUGCUUUGUACAAAAUGAUAUCUUAGCUUUUCUUGGUACAGAUGUGUGAUAUCUUUUCAUAUCCAUGACGGUAAAGUGUUGGAGCGAAGGAGAGAAAAGAAGCUCUGCUCUGUUUCUGUGUUCUGCAUAUGGUCGUGUCUUUGCUCCGUAACAUUAUGAUGCCUUCUUGAUAAUAGUAGUUAUUUUGUAGCUUUCUAGAUACUUUGUAUGUAUGCAAUAUUGAAGUUAAAUAAAUCUGGAAAAUAUUCCCUC